AUCACUCGGUCCCGCCCCAGGCGUUCAGGACUCCGGCGGGAGGGCGGCGGUGUCCACCUGGGAAUCCCGUUUCGGGGCCGCUGCGUGCGGCUGCUUUCGCCCCCGGCCCGGUCCGGGAGUCCGAAGGGUUUGAGGCGCGAUUCUGCCACUGUGUGUGCACGCUGUGACCACUUACACCUGUGGCCUCCUGCAAAAACAGCACGGAGCUUCAAGACUUUGGACCCUGAACAGAUGGAGGAGACUAGGCCUUCUGCCUCAGAGGAGCUACCUCAGACUCACACCAUUCCCAGAACCGCCGCCCUUUGCUCAGGACAUGAUGCUGACACUGAAGAUGACCCGUCCCCAGUGGAGUCGCCGCAGGCGCUAGACCACAGCCCACAGUCUCACGUCUCAGGGUUCCCGUUCCCGUCAAGGUGCAGGUCCGCGGUGAGCCCAGGUGCCACUGCGCCUCAGUCUUCCAGCUGCAGCGUCUGUGCCUCAUCCCCGGGCAGCAGCCUCCAGGGUCACCAGGAAAAGGUGGAGCCUCAGAGUUGCUCCCUUGCCAAGGUCUCCUCCUCCCUGGAGCUGGCUGUCCCGCCGUCGGCCCCCUCGGCGGUGGGGCCGGGGCCUCGGCUCCAGUGGUCGCCCCAGCCAGUGUCCUCAGGGGGCGAUGCUCCCGGGCUGGGCAGGAGGCGCCUCUCCUUCCAGGCCGAGUACUGGGCCUGCGUGCUGCCGGAUUCCCUGCCUCCCUCCCCUGACCGCCACUCCCCGCUCUGGAGCCCGAAUAAAGAGUAUGAAGACCUGCUGGACUAUACUUACCCCCUCAGGCCCGGGCCUCAGCUCCCAAAACACCUGGACAGCCGCGUGCUGGCUGAGCCCGUCCUGCAGGACUCAGGCAUAGACCUGGAUAGCUUCUCCGUCUCCCCAGCAAGCACCCUGAAGUCACCCACUAAUGUCUCGCACAGUUGCCCACCAGCAGAGGCUGCUGCCCUGCUGUUCUCAGGGCCCAGAGAGCCGAUCCUUAAGCGGUGGCCCUCUGGAGUACCCCAGAAGCAGGGCAGUGUGGGAUUGGCAUCUUGUAGCCCCAUUGCCUCUACCCCCAGAGCCCCAGGCAGUAGGGACGCUCCUUGGGAGAGCAGAGAGCCAGCCCUGAGGGGCAUGAAGCACUGGCCACCUGUGGGCAAGCACCUUGAGCUGGGCUCUCCCCACCUGAGAACAUGGGACAGAGGGUGGCCCUCGCCCAGGCUGGAAAGGGAGAAGGGGGCCAGCCAGGGUAUCGAGCGCUUCACCUGCACGGAGUCUGGGUGGAAACCACAGGAGGAGGCGGAAAGUGAGGACGAGUAUCUGGCCCUGCCCUCUCGGCUGACGCAGGUUUCUAGCUUGGUUUCGUAUCUGGGUUGCAUUCCCACCUUGGUGCCCCUGCCCACUGAUGCUGCCGAAGGGCAGAGAUCCCUGGAUGUGUCAGACAGUGAUGGGCCAGCUUCCCUCCCGUCAGACUCCAGCCAAAGCCAGCUUCCCUCUGGGGCUGCCCUCAGAGGGUCCCGAAGCCCUGAGGACUACAACCACUGUUUGCUACGCUCCUUUGUCCGCGCAAGGGGCUCAGGAGGAGAGGGCAGUCUGCUGAGCAGCCAGGCCCUGGGGGUCUCCUCUGGACCACUGAGAACACGCGCCUCCUUGCCGGCGAUGUUGGACCAGCGGGCAUCCUCGGAUCCAGAUGCCGAAGGGCAGCCUCCCAGGAAAGGAGGAGAGCAGGGGAAAGAGUCGCUCGUGCAGUGUGUGAAGACAUUUUGCUGUCAGCUGGAAGAGCUGAUCCGCUGGCUGUAUAAUGUAGCAGACGCUGCUGACCACCUGACUGCAUCCAGGUCCAGCCUUACAGGCCUCAAGUCUUCUCUGCAGCUUUACCGGCAAUUUAAGAAAGAUAUAGAUGAACACCAGUCCCUGACGGAGAGCGUCUUACAGAAAGGGGAGAUUCUACUUCAGUGCCUGUUGGAUAAUACCCCAGUGUUAAAGGACAUCCUCGGGAGGAUCUCCAGGCAGCCCAGCGAGCUGGAGAACCAUGCAGAUCACCUGUAUGACACUAUCUUAGCCUCUCUGGACACACUGGCUGGCUGCACCCUCAUCCCCGAGAACACACCAAUGGCACACAGGAACGCCAGUGUGAAGGGGAUUAGCCUGGCAUCUUCUCAGGAAGAGAUGUAAUCUGUUAGCCCAAAUCUGGCUAUUGGGAAACUUUCAGAAGUCCUUGUUGAGAGCCAUUCAGUACUGAAAUCAAGGGGGAAACUUUCAUGUACUAGCUUUAAAAUGCCUUUCUCUUCCCUGAAGUAAGGGCUGUUGAGUUAACUAUUUUUAUUUAAAAUGAAUCCUUCCAAAUUAAGGUUUUCCUUUGGUGCUUCUCUACAAAGAGCAUGUAGCUUUGCAGUUGUUGAUAAAAUAAUGCAAAUAAGGCUUACAGGUCUUUCCUCUGUCCAUUUAAAAAGAGGAGAGAGUGCUCCUAAACUAGUCCACCUGCUGAGAUCAUUUAAAGAAGGUAUGAGAAAGCAGGUACCCGAUACUUGGUAUUCUCAGGCAUACAAGAGGAUCCAAGAGACUGGUGGGCCAGGAACUUGGGUCUUUUCAUAAAAUGAAGCAUAGGCUUAUAAAUCCCUCCUCUUUGAAGAGACUUUUAACUCUCCCAAUUAAUAGAAGGUUCUGAACAAAUAGAACCUCUGUCAGUUAUUUUGGGCUGCUGUUAGGAUAUCUUUUAUCAUCCUAAGUGCUCAGGGCUCCAUCUGCCUGCCUAACUAACAUCUUAAAGGAGAAUGUGUUAGGGACUUGGGGAACUGCCAUUGAGCUUCAGCAGGACUAUGGACUAAUUAUCCGCUUUAAGGGUACCUCCAGGAGGAGCCUUCCUCCAUUCCUGCUCUCCCUUGUAAGAGUAGUCCAGGGUCAGAGAAGGGCAUGGAUAGGAUCACACAGCCUGGUUAACUACAGAAGCUAAGGCUGUCGAUAGUGAGGGGAAAAAGGUAAUUCUUCGUUGCUUUGGGAGUUGACAUGUAAGUAAGUAUCUUGUAGAGAAAAAAAAAAAAAUCUAUGGAUCAGCCAUUUAAAGCCAAUUCUAUGGCUUUUUAAAGCAAAAUGAUCAGCUACUGCUGGUAACCACAGAUUCUGCAAAAAUAAAAAAGCACUUAAAAAAAAGUUUUAUUGGGCUGUGAAUGAACAUAGGAGGAAAGCACUUUCCCCGUUUACUUUUAGUGUUACCGUGGGCUAAGACUUGAGGAAAGGUUCUUCACACUUAAAUAUGUGAGAUAAACACUUACAGAUCUUUUUUUCAAACUGCAGAUUCUCAUUUGAGGAGGGUGCUUAAGAAAGGAAGAUCUUUUAAGUUUAUAAAGCAAUGAACAAGUCACCUGAACCCAGAAGGUAACAUUAGAAGUUAUUCUCAUAGAGCAGACUUCUGAUGUCCCCUCAGAAUAAAACAUUUAAUACAAAAUUAGCCUCUUUAAGAGAAGUUGUGGACUUUAGUUUUGGGGGCUGAGCCACAUAAUCUUAACACCAUCUCGUCCACCUAGGUGUGAACUAAAAUCCUAUGAACGUGACUUUUCUGCUUCAAAAUUUCUCAGACUUUAUGCUGGAAAAUGAGCUAUAAGUUCUAAUAUUUAAAGAUUAACUAUGAAGUAAAACUAUAUAAUUUAAUAGUAGCUAUAUAAAAUGCAGUAUUUCAAGUGCCUCUGUUACUCUGGUAUGAUUUGUCAUAAUGCUUAAGGGCAUGAUCAGAACUAAACUGUGUAUUAUGAUUCUGCCAUCUCUAUUUUAAUCUUGGUUCCACACAUAGUGAGAUUUUAAAAAGACAAAACAGCUUCCUAGCAGAUCAUUAUAUAUGUAAAGUGUUUUAAAAGCCUAGAAUUGGUUAAAAAGGCCUAUCUAAUGGCCUCUGUUCUUAAAUUGAUAUAUUUCACCUUCUCUCUGUGGCUAUAAAUUGGUACAUGCCUUUCCAAUGAGUGUGUUACAAGACAGCCCUUGGGAGUUAAACCAUUUAUUUACUAACAUUUGAUCGGCAUGAAAAUAAGUCUUACUAGUCAGCAAAAAAAUUGAAGAUGCCAACCCUAGAGAAACUAACUGGCUGAUGGUAUUUUAUAGCAGUUGAAUGCUGAACAUGCCAUUCUACCAUUCAACCUAAUAAUUAUAAUCAGCUUCAGCUGACAGGAAUUUUCACAGAAUAUUUUAUUUCGGAGUACCGUGUUUCCCAACAAAGUACUGCUUUUACCUAGAGAUGAUCUAAGAUAUUUUUGUUCACCUCCUUUGAAGUAAGGUGUGACUGAAGGGUGCCUACUCUGGACCUAGUUGUGAAUGCCACGGAAGAGUAUCAACACAACUGUUAAUGAUGUCUUCGGCAGUGCUAUAAGAAGUUUGUUUAAGACCUCCCUUACAACUCAAGCUGAAAUUGUUUCUGACUAGGAAGACGCUGCCAGCAGCAUUCCAUGAGCAAAUACAGCCAGGUUAGAUUCAAGUGGCCUGGCUAGCCAGUGCAUUGUGGUACAUAUUACCUUAAGGACAGCAGUGCCUUACAGUGACAUAUCAUGUAGUUCCAAAAUCCCAAGUUUACCUGUAUUAUAAUUUCCUAGUAGUCCCCUUAAAUUAGUAGAACUUAAGUCCACAGGGAAGUGGCAGUACUAGGAGCUGGAUUGGCAGUUUCAAAACCUGGGUUCUUGUUGAAGCUCCAUGGCUAAGCUCAUCUGCAAAUAGGAGACAGUGUCAAUACAGGGCUGUUUUGAAGCUUAAAUGGGAACAUAAAGAAGGGCCGAUGAAAAAUAUGCUGCAAUGGCGGCAUACAUGCCAAAGGAAAUUUUGGUCCAAGGUCAAAGAACAGGAAGUUACUGCUCAUACCAGAAUGGCUAUCAUCAUUCUGUAAGGAUUCCCAGAGACUGACUGCUUAGGUUUAGAAUACUCUUCACUUAUGUAAGCUAAUUCAUGGCAGCCACUUAUAUUAUUUAAAAUAUGGCAAGCAAUAAUUCCCUUUACUGAGUUGAACGGAUUAUUAAAAGCCCAUAGUAGCUUGAAAUAUUUGUACCUGAAAAUGGGGGUAGGAAUGGGAAUUCCCCCCCCCAAACUGCAUUUAUUGGCAAAUUUAAAAUAGCCAAGUAGUGAAGCAUGCUGAAAUAUCUUACAGUAAGCCCCAGUCUGGACUGCCAUGGAGGAAAAAGAACACUAGAAUUUUCCAAACUAAAUAAGUAUGUAAAUACGCUUACAUCUCAAAUUCAUGUAAUGUUUUUUGCUAACUCACCAAGAAUAAGCUGACAGUUUGAACAACUUGCUGUAUAAAACUGAACUGCAUCACACGUCUGACAUUUGUAUCAUCUACUUUAAAACACAGUUUCUGAAUUCUUUCCCCCUGUAUACUGUAUUGAUAAGGCAAAAAAACAAACCUUUUGAAGCAUUAAAAAAAAAAUCUUCACCCAAAUAACUACUGGUAACUUGAGGAAUUUUUCAGUUGCCUUAUGUGAGGAUGAAUAGAUCCAACAAGCACAUCUAUAAUACAAAGUAAACUGUGAUUUUAUUGUGAAAUUCUCAUAGAUGGAAAAUUAAAUUGAAUAUUUAUUCUGUCCAUUUCAUUUUACAAUAAUCUUACCACUUAUUUUUGUACCGUGUAUUUCAAUUGCCUGUUUAGUGAAAAUAAAGAAACCUAUAAUUUUUGGCUUGUUUUAGCUUAAAUUUUACCAUUGAAUUAAAGACCCCACCAUGAAAUGCGUUGCCAACAGCCACAUCCCAAGCCCCUAAGUAAAGAAUGUUUUGGCUGCUAGUUCAACCCCAAGGAAACAAUCUUUCUUUGACUUCUAUCACCUUAAAAUGCCAGUGUUACUAGCAGAAGAUUUUUGUUGCCCACAAUAAAAACCAACCCUAGGAUCUUUAAGGUCCUGGUUAACAAAAUUUUCACGUGUGCAAAAUUCGACUGAAAUAAACAUAUUUCUCUCAUUUAUCAUUCCCACCCAGCAUUCCUGUUCUCAGCUAAUUUUAAGGGAUAUAAUUUCUAAAAUUAGGGCAAGAGUAAAUUUCCUGCGUUCUACUUCAAUGCUUUAACUCUCCUCCAACCUACACAGCUGUGGAGGAUAAGAGAGCUGACAUCUGACUCCAAGCAUGGAAGAAACAAUAUUAGCACACGUUAGUCUAAUCAUCUGCCACUUAGGAAAGGUGUGCUGCUUUCCACCUCUACCACAGAAUUAAAAUGUUGAUCAAUGAAGCCAUUUCAAAUGGUUUUAGAGAAGGAUCAGAGAUAACAGGCUAGAUAGCAUACAUCUCCCUGAACCACUAAACUUGGUUAAAUCCCUAUGCAGCACGGAAGCCUCCCUAGGUCAUUUAUUAGUUAUAUUAUCUGGAAAGCAUAUUGGAUGCUGCUCUAAGAUAGGUCUACAAUGCCCUGGUUGCACACACAAAUGGCUGUUUUGAGUAUAAUGCAAGGCUCUAUUUCCCUUUAGCCAUAAGAAUUAAAACAAUACUUAUCACCAUACAUUUGAUAUUACUUCCAAUAAGUACAAUAUUUAUUAAACAUAUCUUCAGUUGUUUUGUUACAUAGUGUGCAACAAAUUACAAUAUUCUGCAGCCACAAAUUAUAUGCAGAGUAUGAAGAAACUAUUAAUCAGAUAGUGUAAUCUUUCCGUUUAUAACUCUACGAGGAAGAACUAGCAAAUCAGAUCUUACAUAUAACAUCUCACUAAACUUUAUGCAUGGAAAGUGACAGACACUGGUUGUGCUGUUUGAUACAAAAUGGCUGAACUUCAUCUUCAGAAGACUAAACCUGACAUCUAAACAUGCCAAUAUAAACAUCAAAACAAAA